AUGCGUUGGACUUUAUUGGUAUUGAGUUCUGCCAUAUUGGUAGCCGUUAAAACAAGAAGCAUACAUAAUGAUGAUUAUUACGGUAUGGAAUCCUAUGGCACGAAAGAUAUUUACGAUAGAAAAGACAGACAAUUUUGGAAUCCGACAGUAUACGAUAAAAAUUUAUACAAUUUUAUAAAUGACGUCAAAGAAAAAAAUGAACCAUACGAUGUUAAAUUACAAAGGAAAAGAGCAUUGUCCGCACUAUCCAGAUGGAAACCACUUGGAAAUUUGGGGAUUCGUAUUAAAUCGAGUCAUCGGUCAUCAUCGAGAGCACCAAUGAUAUCCAUGGUACCGGAAAUGAAUCUUAUUUCCGCUGAAUCUUUGGAUGGUAUGCGUCCAUUGGGUCAACCCUUAAGAUGGGGUCAAAUAUUUAGCCUUGCUGAUGAUAUCAAUAUGGUUCGGUCAACAGCUAAAACAUCGAAAUAA